AUACUGAUUCCAGGAUCUGGAAGAGCCUCUAAAGCCUUGAUCCUUUGUCACGUUGAUUCCGCUUUUUUUUCUACAAAUCGACUAAUGAGCCAACCUCGUUUGAAUAGGAUCGUAAUAUGGUCUAAGGCUGAGUCUAACACCAGCACCAUCUCUUCGAACUGGUUGGUGCAACAAGCAUCUACCAGCAACACUGGUGCUCAAUUUCCACUUUUGAUUGGUUGGGGAGAUAUCUUUACAGAGUACACAACAGACGCCAGACGUAAUAGUCAAAUUUUCGCUAGUUUAUUGAAAAGGCCAGAAUACACAAACCUGAAGGCCUCCAAGAUAUCGCCCAUUUUUCUGAACCCCCCAACUAUACCAGCUACUGCAAGCGAACUAGAGAAUCUUUACAGGAAUAUAAAGAACACUAGUAUUUAUGUGCAAAUCGGUCCAGAUAACUACUACGGUCCAUCAUUCUUUCCAAAGCAGACGGAAACGAACAAUCCAAGAAUUACUAGAAAGAGUUUCAUUGGUUUCGACCUCUCCCUUACAAUUCAACAUUCCGUGAUAGAAGUCGCCAUCGCCCACUUAGUCGCCAACCUCGAUGUCAUCAGACUUGCAUAUAUACUCGAGACUAUAGGUGAGUUUGACCUCUUUGAUGGGAACUGUCUGCAACCAGUUACAGUUCCUGAAGAAUUAGCAAGGAGUUUCCAAAGACGGACCGAAACCCCUUUUACAAGACAAAUUCUUCUAGAUGAGGAAAUUUUUGGAUUUCUCAGUGGAACAAUUGGGCAUUUUCGGGUCUACUAUGUAGCCGACUUCGAAAAUCCCGAGGAGCUGUUGAAUGCCAUUUUGGUGGAUGAUGCAAAUGUAUUUGUUGUGAAAGCAAAACAGGAAUCAACGCUGAAAAUACUUCAAACGGCUCAAACAAAGAACAUCCUACAACACCCCUUCUCAUGGCUAACCUUCAACGGGGCGGUAACUCUGGCGGAAAACGAUCUAAAUGUUCAGAAUGCCAAUUUCAUUGCCAUAGAGCUUUCCCCAAAUGGAAAUCUAUUUGAUUAUCCGGAAUUUACGGAGAUUCCUAAGCCCAUUACUUCAGUGGACUUGAUCUUCCGCGACACUGCCGUUUUCGCUCUCAGCACACUGGCGGAACAGCUUAAUAAGCCGAUUGAGAACGUGUCCUAUAUAACGACUACAAUAGAAGGUGUCAAUAAGGAAACUAUCAAACAAACAUGGAAUUUUUACUCUUAUGUCAACGCCCAGUACAAUAUUGAAAGUUCCUAUAAAGUGACCGUAUCAGAAAACGGAUCCGUAAGUGCCACCUUUCAAAACCUGAAAUCCCCACCAACAACACAAGAAGUGCUUGAAAUGAUGCAGUCGCGAACCCUUCGACUGGGUACUAUUGUUGCCCCUCCACUUGUAACAACUGAACUUGACACGAGAGGAAAGUUGGUACCGAAAGGACCGGAAAUAGCGGUGGCCAUGGAGAUAAUGAGGCGGCUUAAUCUAUCAUACGAGAUCACAAUUUUUGACUCACCAAUGAACGUGAGGUCAGGCGAUGGACUGAGCGGUUUAUUUAAACACUUGUCCCAAAGCGUAAGUUGGCUCCAAUUUGAAUUCUUAAUUGAACCUACCUCAAGAGUAUUAAUAAAACUGGAAAUCCCCACCGUAUAG